AUGGUUUCGGCAACAGUCAAUCCUGCGCCGUCGGUGCGCGAACGUCCGCGGCCACCACCGCCUGCCGUCGCGGAAGCAGAAGAGCAAUGGAUAUUCACAGAGGAUGAGCUGCUGCAGGCGCCCUCGAUUGUCGACGGCAUGUCGCCAGAAGAAGAGCGCGCGCUGCGACGCAAAGGAGUCAACUUCAUUUUGCAGGUCGGCAUGAUGCUCAAGCUGCCACAAACGACGCUCAGCACCGCCGCCGUCUUCUUCAAUCGCUAUCUCAUGCGCAACAGCUUGAAACCCCGGCCAGGCUACAAGCCCCUACACCACUACGUAAGCUUUUAUACCCACAUUCAUCAGGAACCUGAUCUGACAGAUAGCCAGCAAGUUGCCGCUACCGCCUUAUUCCUAGCCACAAAGGUCGAAGAGAACGUUAGGAAAAUGAAAGAGAUAGUCGUAGCGUGCGUGCGAGUAGCACUUAAGGAUCCGAACAAGCUGGUCGACGAACAGACAAAGGACUUCUGGAAAUGGCGAGAUACAAUCUUGUACUCGGAAGAUGUCCUUCUAGAAUCGCUCUCCUUUGACAUGAACAUCGAACCGCCGUACAAAACCAUGUAUGACAUGCUCAAGUAUUACAACGUGGAGCAUAACAAGCGCUUGCGUAAUGCUGCCUGGGCAUUUCUCUCCGACUCCUGCCUCACACAGCUAUGCCUGCUCUUCACAUCCCGCACUAUCGCUGCAGCAUCGCUUUAUGCCGGUGCACGUAUGGUCGAACUGGAACUGCCAGAGGAAGACGGCAAACCUUGGUGGGAGAUUCAAUACGUCAAGCUGCGCGACAUUCGACGUGCGUGCAACCACAUGGCCGACAUAUACGAGACAGUACCCAGCAAAGAUGGCGAACCAAACAUAUACGCUGGCUUGCGAUCACCCGAGGAUGGCUCCUACUUCGAUACACCGACACCGGGUCAGCACCCGAUGCCGGAACCAGAGAUAGAUCCCGAACCCGAGCCCACCAAUGGCAACGAGAAUGGCAAGGACGACGCUAACGGUGGUGACGAGGUCAUGAGUGAAGAGGGCGAACUGGAUGGAUAG